AUGUGUACGAUCAUUGAACAUAAAAACCAUGACAUUGUAUCACCUGCAGAACAGAGGACAGAGAAACAGAAGCAGCUGAAGGAGACACAGGAGACGUUCCAGCAGAGAAUCCAGCAGAGAGAGAAAGAUCUUCAGCAGCUGAGAGAGGCUGUGGAGUCUCAUAAGCGCUCUGCACAGACAGCAGUGGAGGACAGUGAGAGGAUCUUUACUGAGCUCAUCCGCUCCAUUGAGAGAAGCCGCUCUGAGCUGAUACGGCUCAUCAGAGAUCAGGAAAAGACUGCAGUGAGUCGAGCUGAAGGACGACUGGAGCGACUGGAGCAGGAGAUCAAUGAUCUGAGGAGGAGAGACGCUGAGCUGGAGCAGCUUUCACACACACAGGAUCACAUCCAGUUCCUGCAGAGUUUCCAGUCUCUCUCAGCACCUCCUGAAUCUACAGACGUAAAUGAUGAUCUCUUCAGUUCUCUCGUCUCUUCUGAUGCUCUGAGAGAAUCUGUUCAUCAGCUGAGAGACAAACUGGAGGAUUUCUGCAAAGAGGAGCUCAAGAAGAUCUCAGACAGAGUCACAUUCACCAACAUUGUUCCCAGAACCAGGAACCACUUCCUACAAUGUAAGUCAGUAAGAAAACAAGCAGAAAAACUCACUGUGUGUUCAUGUUCUUCCUGUAGAAGCUGA